AGUCCGCGGUGAUGGAGCUCCGUCCAGCCGACGGUGCUCGCUCCAGGAACAUCUGACAUUUCGGCCGACACGAUGCACGGUUUGCUCGCUUGACGCGCGAUGAGGCUGCGGACGGGAGUCAGGUGUGACUCGGAUGCUCGCAGAGAGCUAGCUAGCUGUUAGCUCGGUUAGCCGUCCUCCGUCCUGUCUGCAGGCGGCGAGCAGCUCAGCUGAUCGGCUGCAGCUCCACAUACAGCCCGGCGAGGGGAUGAUGAAGAGGCCUUAAAUGUCAGAUCGGCGACGGUGCGCUCAGUCAUCCGGUACAGACAUGGCGUCGCAGCUCCAGGUGUUCUCCUCUCCCUCCGUCUCCUCCAGUGCCUACUCUCGCUCAAAGAGGCUCAAAGUUGAGAACCCUGCCUGGGAUGUGUCCAACCAGCUGGGAGACAAUGCUUACUACCAGCAGAGCCCCACCCAGGGAGCUGCUCCCUCCACCUCCGGCUCCAACUUCAACCCGGUGUACAACUCCAACCACCUGCCGCCGGCCAGCUCCAGGGAGCAGACGGUGGUGCGGGCGGCAGACAGCACGGGCAGCCUGCGCGGGCCUCCGUCCUCCUCCUCUUCCUCCUCCUCCUCCAGCCGGCGCGUCAAGGAUGCAGAGUCGUCCUCGCAGCCUUGCGACCUCUACCACAAGCAGUACAGCCUGAAGAGGAAGAGCGAGGAGGUGGACAGCAGCGACAGCGUCCAGAUCCUGGAGGAACUGUCGGCCCCCGUCGUCUCGAACCGCACGGGAGGCGGAGGAGGAACCACCACGGCUCAGUCCAUAGCACACUCCACCUCCACCACCAAGAGCAGCAACUCCCACAGCGAGGGUGACUACCAGCUGGUGCAGCACGAGAUCCUGUGCUCCAUGUCCAACAGCUAUGAGGUGCUUGAGUUUCUGGGACGCGGCACCUUCGGUCAAGUGGCCAAAUGCUGGAAGCGGGGCACAAAUGAGAUAGUGGCGAUUAAAAUUUUAAAGAACCAUCCUUCUUACGCUCGGCAAGGUCAGAUCGAGGUGAGCAUCCUCAGCCGGCUGAGCACAGAGAACGCCGAUGAGUUCAACUUUGUCCGCUCGUAUGAGUGUUUCCAGCACAAGAACCACACGUGCCUUGUGUUCGAGAUGCUGGAGCAGAACCUUUACGACUUCCUGAAGCACAGCAAGUUCAGUCCUCUGCUGCUCAAGUGCAUCCGGCCGAUCCUGCAGCAGGUCGCCACGGCGUUGAUGAAGCUCAAGAGCCUGGGGCUGAUCCACGCCGACCUGAAGCCUGAAAACAUCAUGCUGGUGGACCCUCUGAGGCAGCCGUACAGGGUGAAGGUCAUCGACUUCGGCUCGGCCAGCCACGUGUCCAAAGCGGUCUGUUCCACUUACCUGCAGUCGCGAUAUUACAGGGCUCCAGAGAUCAUUCUGGGUCUUCCUUUCUGUGAGGCGAUCGACAUGUGGUCUUUGGGAUGCGUCAUUGCUGAGCUGUUCUUGGGAUGGCCUCUUUAUCCUGGUGCCUCAGAGUACGAUCAGAUUCGUUACAUCUCUCAGACCCAGGGCCUUCCAGCAGAGUACCUGCUGAGUGCAGGAACAAAAACCAGUCGCUUUUUCAACCGAGGCCCUGACUCGAGCUACCCGCUCUGGAGACUCAAGACACCUGCAGAGCACGAGGCUGAGAUGGGCAUCAAGUCAAAGGAGGCGAGAAAAUACAUCUUCAACUGUCUGGAUGAUAUGAUGCAGGUGAACAUGACAAACCUGGAGGGCACAGACAUCCUGGCAGAGAAGGCCGACAGACGGGAGUUUAUAGACCUGCUGAAGAAGAUGCUGACGCUAGACGCAGACAAAAGGAUCACACCCAUGAAGACGCUGAACCAUCCCUUCGUUACCAUGACGCACCUGCUGCACUUCCCUCACAGCUCACAUGUCAAGUCCUGCUUCCAAAACAUGGAUAUAUGCAAACGCAGAUGCAGCGCCUUUGAGAAUGGAAAAAAUAUGUUUGCAAGCAACAACACCCCAAGUGCAGCCACCAACCUCACUGUUACAUUCAGUAGCCAACUAAACCAGCACAAUCAGAUGGCCUCUACAGGAGGCCAGUCCCUGUCCCUCAGCAGCAACGUCCCACUGCUCAACUACCAGCCCGGCCUCUACCAGCAGGCCACCAUCAACAUCCCCGGUCUGACCCAGCAGGGCGUCCCUCUGCAGACCAGACCCACGCAGCUCUGCGCCCAGACUGAACCCUUCCAGCAGACGCUCAUAGUUUGCCCCCCAACCAUCCAGGGUCUUCAAACAUCCAAUAAGCCGUCUGGUUACCCAGUGAGAAUGGACAACUCAGUACCCUUAGUUCCUCAGAACCAGUCGUCCCAGUCUCUUCACAUCCAGCCCAGCAUGCUGGCACAGGCCUCCUUUGACCCCCUGCUGGUAGGCGGCCUGUACGCCUCCGUGGCUGGGAUGCCACGUUUAGGUCCGCUCCAGCUGCCGGCUGGUUGUGGCGCCGGAAGCCUCGGCGGCUCACUGGAUCAGUAUUCCUCCAUGCUGCAGGGCUGGCCAGCAGGGACGCAGCAGAUCCUCAUCCCUUCCACGUGGCAGCAGAUGCCUGGCAUGUCCAUCCACAACCCUGGGCAGGCUGUGGUGCCUGACUCACCCAUGGGAGCCCCUAUCUCUGACAGUCAGCAAGCUCCAGGCUGGAGGGGUCGCCACGGCAGCCAGUACGAUGGUGUCAGCCAGCAGGACUCUGGUGUUGGCCGUCAUGCUGCCUCACAGAACCACAGCUCAGGAGCCGCUCACUCAAGAUCCCAACAGGGCAAGAGAUCGAAGGCCCGACAUGCCGAGAGCAGAGCCAGGCCGGUGUCGUCAGUGCAUUCAGCCACCACCGUAGUCCACAACACGUCUUUUGCUGGUGACCAGUCUCAGCCCAUCGUCAUCUCUGACACACCGAGUCCUGCCGUCAGCAUCAUCACCAUCCACAGCGACUCGGAGGACGAGGAUGAGACAAAGUUCCCUGCUGCUUGCUCUGGAACGAGCCAGAGGACCAACGUAAUCAGCUGUGUGACGGUGCACGACUCCCAUGACUCUGACUCCUCCACCAGCAGCCCCCUGAGCCCCAAAACCUCUUCCCAGCCCGCCAAGUCUCUGGCCAUCAUCAUGCCCUCUGUGAAGAGCCAGCCUGGAGAGAGCACAACCCACAAGACUCCAGCAGCUCCAGUAGAUCAAGCUACGAGUGGCUCGGGGAAGUCCAAGAAGGGGUCUGCUCAGCCGCCUGGUCGACCAGGAGACUCCACCACUGAUCGCCAUCAACGGGCUGCAUCCAGCAGAUCUCAGCCCCUCAACCUGAGUCAGGUACAGCAGUCUGUGAUGACAUCUUCCCAUGAACAAACAGGAAGCAGUUCUUUGAGGCGACAGCCCACUUACCCCCCUCCCGUCUCCUCCCACUCGUCCUACCGGCUCCACGAGAGCACCCUCUUCAGCUCAACCCCAAACCUGUACGCCUACCCGGCCUCUGCUGCCCUGGCCUCGGUGUCCCAGGCUGUGGACCAGAUGCAGGGCGGUUCGUCCCGCCACGGCAGGGCGAGCGGAGCGUACUCCUCCCUGGCGCUGCUCCAGAAGAACGGCAGUUUAGCCCUCGGAGGGUCUGCUGCAGGACAGUACGGCAACCACAACCAACAGCAGCAGCAGCAGCAGCAGCAGCAGCAGCCUUUCCACCGCUCCAGUGCUGCUUACCAGCGAAAACUCAACCAGUAUCCCUACCUGUAAACACUAAAGGACCAAACCAAGACCGAGACUAGAGACGAGCACAAGCUCAUCACAGAUGGCUGUGAUUGGACUCGCUUUCAAUCCGACUUUUUACUUUGCUUCACUGUCCAGUCCUAGAAUGUGUGUUUUUUUUAAUCAGUCAGUUUUUACUUUAUUCCACUUUCUUUCUGUUGUAUCACUGCGAGUCAACAGUGCAGGAUCUUUACUGUAGUUGGGCACAGGGUUGGACUCCAGCACAUGAUUUAAAAUUAAACAAAAGGAGUAAGGUUAAAGGUGACUUACAGCUUCAGUUUUUAUAUAUUGUGCGCAAAUGUAGGAAGCUAAACAGAAAACUAAAUUGUGCUCUUACUUACAGACUGCAAUUUUAAAUUAAUUCUUAACAUAUAAAGCCCUAAAUUUUGAUUUCAUGUAAGAAAUGUGUGUUGCGGAGAAACUGGAACUUAACUGUUAUGCUGCUCUAUUAUUAUUAUUAUUAUUAUUAUUGUUAUUAUUAUUAUUAUUAUGUUGUAGUUGUCAAAAUCAUCCAAUAAUCGUUUGAAAUGACACAUUUACAUAUACACAGUCGCCUUACUUAUUUAGGCCAAUUUCUCUUAUUUAACUUUUAAUGUCUGCACAUUGUGAUAAGUUGGAAUAAUAUGUUGUACGUUUCAUGUAUGAAUGUACUGUGUGUUUUAUCUGUACUAUGAAAACAAAUGGAGAACAUAAGCUACGUACUGUACUGUAUAAAGAUGUGUCACUGUGUUUUCCAUGUUGAUUCUGUUUCAGUGCUGACUUAAUUAUAUUCAUAUGUUCAGUAUGUUGAACGACGCGGUGCAUUUCAGUGUGGAGUAGGACGUAUUCAAAGGGGACUUCUGUUUUUCUUUUUUUUAAGGUUUUAAAGUUACUGUUAAGGUUGCAUGUGUCUUACAUGGAGUAGCAUUCAGGAGAGGUUUGUAAUAUGCAGCCGCAGACGGAUUAGUAAUAUUACGUUUAAUUUGUACGACAAACACGUAGGUAAUAUUGGGAAAAUGUAAAAGUUGUUGUCUUGUGACGUGAUGUCUGUGAAGUAAAGCGUGAACGUUAAAAAAAAUCUGAUUGGGUAUCACACAAGCCAUUUAGAUGAAAAUUCACAGUACUGCUUUUGGAAUUGUGAAUAAUAAAAUCUGACAAAGUUGAUUUAUAAAGAUAUAAAUUGAUGUUUAGUAUGUUACUGCUUCUAAACAAAUCAUUGGUUUGGUGAAAUGAUGGUUGUUCUUACAAUCCUGUUGUGUCGUGAAGUGCUACAUUACAUAGAACACACAAUGAACCUUAACCCGUAUGUACGCAAUAAAAUCUUCUCAAAACAGGA